AUGGCGACAGCUUUAGCUUCCAAACUCUCCAGAGGACGUUCGUUGCUUGGAGGUCUUAGCAAUGCCUUCUCUGGUUUGAUGAAUUCCUCCAAUGGAAUGAUGAAUGGAACCAUCCUCUCUCGGCAACAAAGGACAUUCAUUCAAAUGGGGACGCUUCUCAAAGCCGUGGACAACUCGGGGGCAAAGGAAGUGAUGUGCAUUCAAUCCUUUAAGGGAGGAAAGAAAGGAGCGAGACUUGGCGAUAUCAUUGUUGGUUCAGUGAAAGAGUCGGCACCAAAAGGUGAAGUGAAGAAAGGGAAGGUCGACGCGGUACCAAAAGGUAAAGUGAAGAAAGGGAGGGUCGUGUACGGUGUGGUUGUGCGUGCUGCGAUGCCCAAAAGGCGUGUUGAUGGAAGCGAAGUGAAGUUUGAUGACAAUGCAGUUGUAAUUGUGGGGAUUAAGGAAAAGAACAAGAAUAAUUCGGAUGGUACCAAGAAAAAAAUGGAGUACCACCAACCAAUUGGUACCCGAGUGUUUGGUCCUGUCCCGCACGAAAUGCGCACCAAAAAACAGCUCAAGAUCCUUUCUUUGGCUCAGGACAUUGUUUGA